CAGGAGCGGGCCGACGUGGACGCGGAGGCCGAGGAGGAGGAGGAGGAAGAGGCGGCGGCGCAGGGGCCGAGAGGGCAGCCAGGAGCAGCGCCGCGCGGGGCCGCGUCCGAGGAGCAGGGCGCCGAGGAGGCGCUGGAGCAGGAAGAGGACCCUGCGGAGAGGUCCCGCGGCGGCGAGGACAGCGAGGGCGCGGCCGAGAACCCCGAGGACUCCCCCGAGCCGCUGGAGCCCGAUGACGCAGAGGACGUGCUGUGCGAGGGUCCUCUCGAGAUCAUGAAGAAGGGGCAGAAGAAGAAGAAAUACUGCGUGCUGUUCAAGGACCGCCUCGACUACUGGGCCGCGGCCGAGGACCGGGCGGCCGGCAGCACGGCCACCGGCAGCCUCCCGGCGGAGGUGGUGGCGGAGCUCCGCGCGGAGGACUGGGGCUUCUCCCUGCUCGUUCAGGGCGAGCCGGCCCAGAAGCCGCUGGAGCUCCACUCCACCGGCCGCGAGAACCACCGCAUGUGGCUGGACGCGAUGCAGCGCUGGAAGUGGGGGAAGCAGGACCCCGCGCUCCCCCAGCCGGCCACGAACUUCUCGUUCGUCGAGGAGCCGUCCCGCUGGGAGCCGGCCGCCGAGGC